AUGGUCGGUUAUAAUGGAACUGUAAACGGGUACUUCAAAGGAAGCAGAGGUUUGAGACAAGGAGACCCCCUCUCCCCUUAUCUCUUUGUAAUAGCUAUGAACUGUCUAUCAUUCAUGCUUAACUCCGCAGCAGCUCAGGAAAAGAUAAAGUAUCACUCAAACUGCAAGUCUAUGAAGAUGACUCACCUCUCUUUCGCUGACGAUCUACUGAUCUUCAUUGACGGUUCCCUCCACUCGGUCCAACAAGUGCUGCAAGUCCUGAAGGAAUUCGAGAAAAGAUCAGGACUGGCGAUCAGUAUGCAGAAAACAAGCUUCUAUGCCUCAGGUAUGACAGACCAAGAAGUGGAUACCAUUCAGGCUUCAACGGGUAUGAUCUGUGGCACACUUCCUGUUCGUUAUCUAGGCGUCCCCUUGAACUCAAGAAAGCUCAACCUCGUCACUUGUGAGCCCCUGAUACAUCAAAUCAAAAAGAAGUUUUCAUCCUGGUCAGUAAAAUCCCUGUCUUUUGCUGGCAGAUUACUUCUAAUCAAAACGGUUAUAGCUGGUAUUACUACCUUCUGGUGCUCAGCUUUCAUCCUCCCAAAGGCGUGUAUUGCUAGAAUAAAUUCCCUCUGCAGUAUGUUCCUUUGGAGAGGUGAUAUUGAUAGCCAUAACACUGCUAGGGUCGCAUGGGAGACAGUGGUCCUAACAACACAGCAAGGAGGUCUCGGCGUGAAGGAUCUUCAUACAUGGAACAAAGCAUGCUGUCUGAAACUAGUGUGGCUUCUGUUCUUUAGAUCAGGAUCAAUGUGGGUGGCUUGGUUCAGAGAAGUUGUACUCAAGGGAUCGAUCCACAACUAUUGGACUACAAAGCCAAAGGUUUCAUUCUCUUGGCUCGCAAACAAGAUCCUCAAACUUAAAGAUGUUUUCUACCCAUUGAUUAAACUGCGAUUGGAGAAUGGACUAUCUGCUAGAUUUUGGCAUGACAACUGGUCCCCCCUAGGAAAUGUUGCUACACUGCUGAACGCUCAAUCAUCAAGGUUAGGCAUUCCUCAACAAGCAACAGUGGCCUCACUAUUCCGUAAUGGAUCAUGGCGUCUUCCACCUGCAAGAUCAGAGCAACAGCUACAACUUCAAGCACAUUUAACUACAGUCAACCUCACAACUGAGCCAGACUACUUUGAAUGGGAGAUAGAAGGAAGGAUCUCUAGCAAGUUCUCUACUGGUGAAGUGUAUCAUUACCUGAGAGGGGCGCAUGAUGAGGUAAAUUGGGCGACUGCGGUGUGGACCUCCUACGGAAUUCCCCGACAUAAUUUUCACACUUGGCUAGUAGUUUUGGAUCGCUGCCCAACACGGGAUCGUCUUCUACGUUGGGGCCUUCAGGUUCCGCCUGUCUGCUUACUGUGUAACAGCUUCCCCGAAACUCGUAAUCAUCUCUAUUUUGAGUGUGAAUUUGCCUAUAACUUGUGGUUGAAAAGCUCCAGAAGAUGCUCUCUUACACCCUCACGCAACUGGCCGGACGCGCAUAAUCAGAUGAUUACUUUACCAACUAGUAGAGCUUCAAGGGCACUUCGAUUACUCACCCUACUGGCAUGGCAGUCAACAAUAUACUGGACCUGGAAUGAAAGGAACGCCAGACUGCAUUCCAACUCUUUUCGUUCUGCUGAUCGCCUCUUCCGGGUUGUAGAUUUACAAAUCAGAAACAGGAUUCAAAGUUUCAGAGAAUCGAACCCACGCCUAUCUUCUAGUAUGAUGCAGACAUGGUUCCGUCUUGCAUGA